GAGCACAGAGCGGUUUGGUCGUUCGUUGGAGGGUCUCCUUUUUCCUUGCUCGGCGACUGCGGCUCUUCACUGGGCAGCAGGAGCGGCGCGGCGGUCGAAGAAGCGGUCUAAGACUUCGGCAUUGGGUAAAAGAAAAUGGCCCGAACCAAGCAGACUGCCCGUAAAUCCACGGGUGGGAAAGCGCCCCGCAAACAGCUGGCCACUAAAGCCGCCCGGAAAAGCGCCCCUUCCACCGGUGGGGUGAAAAAACCUCAUCGCUACAGGCCCGGCACCGUAGCGCUUCGGGAGAUCCGUCGUUACCAGAAAUCCACCGAGCUUCUGAUCCGGAAGCUGCCUUUCCAGAGGUUGGUGAGGGAGAUCGCCCAGGAUUUCAAAACCGAUCUGAGGUUUCAGAGCGCCGCCAUUGGCGCCCUUCAGGAGGCCAGUGAAGCGUACCUGGUGGGUUUAUUUGAAGAUACUAAUCUGUGUGCCAUCCACGCUAAGAGAGUCACCAUCAUGCCCAAAGACAUCCAGUUGGCUCGCCGGAUACGGGGAGAGAGAGCUUAAGUGAAGGCAGUUUUUAUGGUGUUUUGUAGUAAAUUCUGUAAAAUACUUUGGUUUAAUUUGUGACUUUUUUUGUAAGAAAUUGUUUAUAAUAUGUUGCAUUUGUACUUAAGUCAUUCCAUCUUUCACUCAGGAUGAAUGCGAAAAGUGACUGUUCACAGACCUCAGUGAUGUGAGCACUGUUGCUCAGGAGUGACAAGUUGCUAAUAUGCAGAAGGGAUGGGUGAUACUUCUUGCUUCUCAUGAUGCAUGUUUCUGUAUGUUAAUGACUUGUUGGGUAGCUAUUAAGGUACUAGAAUUGAUAAAUGUGUACAGGGUCCUUUUGCAAUAAAACUGGUUAUGACUUGAUCCAAGUGUUUAACAAUUGGGGCUGUUAAGUCUGACCAUACAUCACUGUGAUAGAAUGUGGGCUUUUUCAAGGGUGAAGAUACAAGUCUUAACCACAGUGUAACUUACAGUUUCCUUAAAAAAAAAAAGAAAAAGAAAAAAAAAAAGUAAACCUGGCAGCUAUAGAAUACACUAUGUGCAUUUAUAAUAGCUAUUUUAUAUAUUGUAGUGUCAACAUUUUUAAAUUAAAUGUUUUACAUUCACAUGUGGUGGGGAGUCUUGUCAUUAAGGUGUGUGUAAUUUAAAGUCAAGUUGGUUUUCUCCUAACUAGACUGCACUUGUUUUCAUAAUAGUAAAAUGCUUUGCAAAUUAUACCUUGCAUAAGUCCUCAUUCUACCACAUGUUAACUAACCCUCUAGCUGAUUAAUGCAAACACUAAUGGGGGGAUUUUAUUUAUAAGGGCUCUAGACUAUAAUACCGAGUUAUUCACACCAGCAUCAUCUGUUAAUAAUAAUCUAAACUAGUUAGUGCAGCUUUUCUUUGUGUUGUGGUUGGUCUCCUAACUAGGUUGAGUUUUUCUCUACCAAGAGGAAAUACCGAAGUUCUUUUCCUUGUGGAGUUUGUAUUAUAAUAACCCUUAGAGUAAACUUGCUGUGGGGGAGGGGCACACAACUCCAGCUUGAACCUCUGCCAGUUAAGGUGGUAUUCGGUUAGGUUACAUCUGAUACAUGGUCCUGGGAAAAUCACUAUAGAGAUGGUCUUCCAGGUGGUUUUAAAAAUUAUCCUUCUAUUGAAGUCUUCAGGUCAAUUAUGUAUGUUGACUAAAUUUACAAAUAAACUUGUUUAUUCAA